AUGCAUGGUGAGACCGAACUCCAUCGGACGCUGCACCUUCGCUCUAAUAAGCACAACGGGGGUCUCUUCUGGGCCUGCCUCAGGGAAAGGUUCCAGCUGCGGAGUCACGUGCGUCUGCGGGAGUGGCAGAAGUGGGACCCGGUGACGAGAGGGGACCUCCAGUGGGAGGUCCUCAGAGACCCCGGGCCGUCUCCCCGUGUGCCCCGGUGUGCGCCUGCUCCCGUGGUCGGGGCCGGGCGCCCGGCAGACGCUGCUCCAGUGACGGCGCACUCACAGCCGCACGCUUCCUCGGUGUCCAGGUGGAGCUCGAGGAAAGUGCGGGACCUGUGGUGGCAGGGCAUCCCCCCCAGCGUGAGAGGCAAGGUCUGGAGCCUGGCCAUCGGCAACGAGCUGAACAUCACCCACGAGCUCUUCGACAUCUGCCUCGCCCGAGCCAAGGAGCGGUGGCGGUCCUUCAGCGCCGGCGGCCCCGAGGCGGAGAGUGAAGAUGCCGGGUUUCCAGCGGCGGACAGAGAAGCUAGCCUGGAGCUCAUUAAACUGGACAUUUCUAGGACAUUCCCUAACCUCUGCAUCUUCCAGCAAGGCGGCCCGUACCACGACACGUUGCACAGUAUUUUGGGCGCUUACACUUGUUACCGACCGGAUGUGGGCUAUGUCCAGGGCAUGUCCUUCAUCGCCGCAGUGCUGAUCCUGAACUUGGACACUGCAGACGCCUUCAUCGCGUUUUCCAACCUCUUGAAUAAACCCUGCCAGAUGGCGUUCUUCCGAGUGGACCACGGCCUUAUGUUGACUUAUUUUGCUGCGUUUGAAGUAUUCUUUGAAGAAAACUUGCCGAAAUUAUUUGCUCAUUUCAAGAAGAACAACCUCACUCCAGACAUCUACCUGAUCGAUUGGAUCUUCACCCUGUACAGCAAGUCCCUGCCCCUGGACCUGGCCUGCCGCGUGUGGGACGUGUUCUGCCGCGACGGGGAGGAGUUCCUGUUCCGCACGGCGCUGGGCCUGCUGAAGCUGUUCGAGGACAUCCUGACCAAGAUGGACUUCAUCCACGUGGCCCAGUUCCUCACGCGGCUGCCCGACCACCUGCCCGCCGAGGAGCUGUUCGCCUCCAUAGCCACCAUCCAGAUGCAGAGCCGCAACAGGAAGUGGGCCCAGGUGCUGACCGCGUUGCAGAGGGACAGCCGGGACGUGGAGAGAGGGAGCCCAUCUCUCAGGCACUGAGACGCAGGCGGACGGACUCGUGCCGGGCACCGGAGCAGCCCUCCCAGUGCGCCCAGGCUGUCCGGGACAGACACCGGGGCAGACGCGCCGGCAGCCGGGGGCGGGCGCUGUUGCCGCGUCUGACCCCGACGCAGGAGUUGGCCUUAAACCAAACAAACAGAACUUGUCGAGAAGUAAACCGAGGCUCGGCCUUAAGCAGCUCAGCGGAGCAACGACACGGCACUGGCCUGGCACCCGCGGCCCGCUCGGCGCGGUCUGGCACCAGGGCGGCGGCCGGCUCCCUCCUCCUGCUCCAGGGGAGGUUAUUAAAUUGUAACGCUUUUAUGUCGCCUCCUGGAAAGGACGUCCCGGUCUUUCUUAGCCGGGGUGCACGAGACGUGGGUUGGGAGGCCUCCGAGGAGUCCUGGCCCGCAGUU